AUGUCGUCUUCUGCGAGAUCCGUCAGCCCCGCUCCACAACCGUCCGUCGAUUAUUCGCGGCUCGGAUUGGACUUGUCGGACUCGUCGGACGAUGAUGAGUCUCCGACUCCAGCGCCAGCUCCGGUCCGUCCAAACCGGCCAGUAGCUCCGUCCAAGAACAUGAUCUUGGCAAAAGCGGCUCACGACGCCCAAUCGAAUUCGGACUCCUCUGAGUCCGAUUCCUCGGACUCCUCGGACUCAUCGGACUCUUCGGAUGACGAGGAAGAGAACCUGCCGCCGCCGACUCCUGUAUUGCCGAAGCCAUCUCCACCACCACCACCACCACCACCACGUGCUCCAACUCCGAAGGAACAGAAGACUGCUGCUCCUGCUCCUGCUCCACUGCCACCGAUGUCUGCUCCGCUGAAACCAGUCCGUGCUCCACCCGCCAAACGUCGUCAAGCUGCUCCAAAGAAGGAUCCAAAGAGUGCCUCUGCUCCUGCUCCAAAGCCCCGUGCUCCUCGACGUCAACCUGUCCCCAAGGAACCCAAGGCGCCCAAGGAACCAAAGCCAGCUGCCCGAAGAGCUCCACGCCAACGAAAGGAACCGUCUGCUCCUGCCCCUUUCGCCUACGAUCCGAGGAUGGCGGCAGUGGCCGUGUCGAGGACCGUCCAGCGACGUCCGGAAGCUUCACUCAAACGGCCGGCGUCCGAAGCAAUGGCUGCUCUCGUCAAAAGAAAUAGAUGCUGA